AGGGGGAGCGGCGCGGCAGGCGGAACGCCCCGCAGCCCGCCCGAAACUUGGCGAAGUUUGUCCGCCGGCGGGAACCAGGAGGCCGCGGCGCCCGGCGGCCGCUUGCGACCGGCGCCCGGCGAGUAUGUGCGAGGAGCGGGCGGAUAGCCGCACCCCCGCGGGCGGAGCGGGGAAGCUGUGAGCGAGGCGGCCCGCACCCGCGGGGCCCCACCGCAGCGACUCAGCCGCCGCGGACCCCGUCCCUGCCACGCCGCGGCGGGCAGCCCCCCGAGCUCCGCGGGCGGCGAUGGCAGCGGGCGGGCUCUGACCGCCGCCCCGUCCGGGGCUCGCCGCCGUACCGGAGACCGUCGAGGAGCACCGCGCCCGCAGCGAAGCGAGGACCCCAGCGUCGCUCCCCUGCCCCCGGCUCCCGCCCUCGCCGUCGAGACUUCUCUGAGGUCCAGCCGGGACUCCGGCCGCUGCUACCGAGAAAGAGCCCUGGCGUGCAGAUCGGCGGCGCGGAGAGAGGCUCCGCGGCCCAGGCGGGGAGCGCCGCCCGUCCCGCUCGCCGCAGUGCCCUGACGGGGAGCCGCCGCCGCUCGGCAGUGGCCCGCUCCCGGAGCGCGGCCGCCGGGGACCGCCGCCGCGCACCCGCCGGAGCCGGGACCGCCACGCCGGGGCACCAGCCGAGAUUGCUUUUGGAGGAGCGGAGCGCGGCGGGACCGAGGAGCAGGAGGAGGCGGGAGAGGGGCCCGGAGGAGGCGGCCGCCGGCGCGGGGCGGACGGCGGCUCGCCGGGGCGGCGGGGGGACACCAUGUCCAAGCCGGUGGAUCACGUCAAGAGGCCAAUGAACGCCUUCAUGGUGUGGUCGCGGGCGCAGCGGCGGAAGAUGGCCCAGGAGAACCCCAAGAUGCACAACUCGGAGAUCAGUAAGCGCCUGGGCGCCGAGUGGAAGCUGCUGACCGAGUCGGAGAAGCGGCCCUUCAUCGACGAGGCCAAGCGGCUGCGGGCCAUGCACAUGAAGGAGCACCCCGACUACAAGUACCGGCCCCGGCGGAAGCCCAAGACGCUGCUGAAGAAGGACAAGUUCGCCUUCCCGGUGCCCUACGGUCUGGGCGGUGUGGCGGACCACGAGCACCCGCACGGGCUGAAGGCGGGCGGGCUGCACGGCGGCGCGGCCGGCGGGCUGGUGCCCGAGUCGCUGCUCGGCAACCCCGAGAAGGCGGCGGCCGCCGCUGCCGCCGCCGCCGCCCGCGUCUUCUUCCCCCAGUCGGCCGCCGCCGCUGCCGCCGCCGCCGCCGCGGCCGCCGCCAGCAGCCCCUACUCCCUGCUGGACCUGGGCUCCAAAAUGGCCGAGAUCUCUUCUUCCUCCUCUUCCUCGGGCUCCGGGCUGCCCUACGCUUCCUCGCUGGGCUACCCCGGCGCCGGCGGGGCGGGCGCCUUCCACGGGGCCGCCGCUGCUGCCGCCGCCGCCGCCGCCGCCGCCGGGGGGCACACGCACUCGCACCCGUCGCCCGGUAACCCGGGCUACAUGAUCCCCUGCAACUGCAGCGCCUGGCCCGGCCCGGGGCUGCAGCCGCCGCUGGCCUACAUCCUCCUCCCGGGCAUGGGCAAGCCCCAGUUGGACCCUUACCCCGCAGCCUAUGCCGCGGCCCUAUGACCCGCGGCCGGGGGAUGCCCGCGCAGAGCCCUGGCGCCCGCCGCGAUGGGUGCCGGUGCUUACGAGCAGCCGGGGAAGGGGGCGAGCCGCCACCGGGGCCGCGGGAAGCGCUGGGGCUGCCGCCGACCUGUUGCGCGUCCCCUCCCACCUAGGAUCGCGUCCCGCCCGCCGCCCCGCGUCGAGCUUGUGUGCGUUUGCAUGCGAUGUUUGCAGAUAGCAGAGCCGAAAAAGAAGAGGAAAAAAAAAAAAAAGAAAAGAGAAAAGAAAAAGGAGAGAAAAAAAAAAAGAAAAGAAAAUAAGCAACAUGCCCUGCCUGCUAGCCCCAAAAAGUGCUUAUUUGGGACAGACAUUGGGAGCUCCGUCCCCCACGACUGCUCCUCUCCGGCCGUGCGUUUCUCCUUCCUCCGCUCCCCACGCCCCGCGCGGAGCUGGGCUCGGGAAAGUCCCGCUGCCGAUAAGGGGGGGACAUGACAGCGCGCCGGGGGGGCCGGGCACGGCAGGGCCGGGCGAGGUGCGGCCCCGUUAAAGGAGGAGCCGCUGCGUGCUUGGUUCGCAGGACCCACGCAAAGGACGAGUCGGCGGUGCGGGGUGCUGCCCGUGCCCUCCGCCCCUGCCCGCGGAGGUUCCGCUGCCGCGGGACGCUGGCAAGCGCGGGUCGUGAUUUCCGCGCGAGGAAAGACGCGUGACUCUCGGUCCCCGUGUGUGUCCGUGUCCCCCCUUCCUCCUCUCCACUAAUUAAGUCUCACCCUCAGACUGUAAAUUUGUAUAUCUCUGUGGAAACGUUAGGUCUCGGAUUGAAAACUCUGUUACUUCUUCCUUCGCCCACGGUCGAUUCAGUUUUAACUUGGGGAAAAAAAAAAAAAAAAAAAGGAAAAAGAAAAGGAAAAAAAAAGAAAGAGGAAUGCCUUUCAAAGGGAAUAAAAAUAUUGCGGGACCGCUCGGGGACCGCAAUAUUAUCUAAGGUUAAAUCAGACUUUUUUGUCUGAGUGAUAAUUAUCUAUUUAUUAUUUAGCUGAACUGAAACAGAGCUUUGCUUUGACAAAAGAGUAUUCUCAUUUAAAAGAAAAAGCCGUCACCCCCGCUGACAUGAAGUGUUUCACGUGUGUUUUGGAGUACCCUACCUGUUUAGCUUAUUUUAGAGCGACUGCAAUUCAAUUGCAAAUGGCGAUUAAAAGAAAAAAACAACAAUUUUUAGAGAGAGAGAAAAAAAAAAUCCUUCAUCAGUUUAGAGUUCUUUUUUUUUUUUAUGUUUACUUUUGUAAUGUGUAUAUUUUGACUAAUGUUUGUGAAUGAAGCUGGCUAACAUGUAUUUAGUUUCAUUUUGGCUUUAUGUAAUAUAAAGUAAAAAAAAGAAAAAAAAAGAUUAAGUAUUUGUUUUAACAUUUACGUGUAAAUGGUUUUCUUGUGUGAUCUUCUAAUUUAAAGUUAGACGUCUAAACUAUAUCUGUAAAUUAGAUUCCGACUACCACUCUGUUCAUUUUUGAACAAAGAGUUUAAAUAAAGCCUGAAGCAGGGAAAAGA